UUGGUACGUCUCACUAUCGACAUAGCUCGUGAUACAUCUCAACGUGCGUAGUGUUUCAGGGAAGUGGAGCGGUAAAUACUCAAGUUUUGUAGGCUAAUUGCUACAAAUUUUCAUCAUUUUUUGUUUCAUUCAUUGGUAAACGGGUUCUUAUAUAAUCGAAUAUAAGCAAUGGCAGUAUCUGCUGCAGCUGCUCUUUUAGACGAAUUGAUGGGAAGGAACAGAAAUGUCAAUCCAAACGACUGCAACAAUAAAUUGACUUGGGAAUCGCCUGAGGUGUGCAAGCAUUAUUUGGUCAAGUUUUGUCCCCACGAUCUCUUUACAAACACCAAGUCUGACUUAGGAAUCUGUGACAAGAUCCAUGAUGAAGACAUCAAACGGGAGUUUGAUGCCUCAAACACUCACCGAAGAGCUGCAUUUGAAGAUGACUUCAUCCGUUAUGCAGAUACAAUGUUGGUGGAUGUGGAUAAGCGCAUUAGGAAAGGACGGCAACGAUUGUCCCUCUCAGUGAAAGAAGCUCUGAGUAAUGUCACCACUGGGGAUGUUGCUGUUGAUGAGCAAAUAGAGCUUUUAUCUGAGCGCAUCACAGGGCUUGUAAAUGAAGCUGAGAGACUUGGCAAUGAAGGCAAUGUGGAAGAAGCUCAAGGACUCAGCAAGCUUUGUGAUAAGCUAAGAGAGGAGCGAGAUCAACUCAGGAAGGCUCAUGAAAAUACUGUUUGGCACCAGUGUCUCCACCAGGCUGCUGAAAUGGCUGCAUCUCAAGAGAAGCAAAUGGAAGUCUGUGAAAUCUGUGGGGCGUUUCUGAUUGUUGGCGAUGCACAGCAACGCAUCGAUGACCAUCUCACUGGGAAGCAGCAUAUGGGCUUUGCCAAGCUCAGGGAUGCAAUCAAAGAAAUAAAGGAUGCUCGAGAGAAGGCUCGAGAAGAGCGGGAGAAGCAGCGAGAAAAAGAAAGAGAGGAGAGAAGACGCCUGCUAGAUGAGGAAGAUAAGCGCAGAAUGGGUGGCGCUCGCGAUGACAAACCCAGGGAUGUCCGCCCUCCUCGAGACGAUCGCCGAGACCGCGAUGCUGUAAGGCGCGAUGAUCGUCGAAGUGAUCGAGACCGCGACCGCGACCGUAGUCAUCGCGACCGUCGCAGUGAUCGGCCCGAUCGUGGAGAUCGUGAUCGUAGCUCUCGUGACUCUCGCGACCGUUCGUCAAGGGAUCGAUCGUCAAGAGAUGGCACUUCUCGCGAUCGCAGCUCUCGUGAUGGCAGGAGAUACAGGGACGACGGUUACUACGGUUCCCGAAACGGUUCCGGCAGGUAAACUCUCCAAGUUUCUCUGGACUACAAUGCAACCCAAGAUCAUCGCACAUCAUCUUCAAUUACUGCUAAGAUGCUCAACUGUACAUAGUUAUUCUACUUUUCGUUGAAGACUGCCUGGCCUUGGAGUGAGAAGUGGGGCUGUCGGUGCGGAGUUGUGGCAGUGAGUUGCUCGCAUAAGUCAGGUAAGUCCCAUUCAGGUAUGCCCUGACUGAUAAUGAAAACGUAUAAAGUUGUGUAUUUCUUUCCAGGCCGACCCACGUGUCAGGUGGGUGAACUCUAACACUGCCCUGAAAACUACAAAUUCUCCCUAUAGAAUCAGCUGUGUUUUACUGCAUACUUAUUGAAAGAAGUUGAUUGACCGUUAGCUUUUGAUGAUGUUUGGGUUCGAGAAGGAAAUGUAAAAAUUAUGAUUGGAUCCUGAGUAAGUUCCGUCAGGGAGUUUAGUGUCGUCAAUCGUCGAAUCAAGAUCUAGGCACCUGUCCCUUUGAAAAAUUAAUUCCAAACAAAUUGGAGGCUCGGUGAAUUACUUGAUUGAAGGUAUGAAAGGAACUGGAACUCGCAUCAUUAUUGAAAGAUAAUAUUUCUGAAGAGCAAUAAAUUUUAGCUGCCAGUACAAUGAACUUUGAUUUUAUGUAGACUAGCUUCUGGAAGAUGCAAUUUUUCGUUUAGACGGGUUAUAAAGUGUUACUUUGUCCCCUGGAUUUACAAAUAAGCAUUCAUUCCUAAUUCACACCUUAGUAAUAUUAUUCUGGAUUAUAGUACAAUUUUUUCAUAUCGAGUUUGUGGUUCAUGGUAGCGAGAUGUGGUAUAAAUAAUUAUCCACGAUACUACAUUAAUUUUAGUUGAGGAAUAGUGUGUCAAACUCGUAAUCAUUAAUGAUUCAUGCAUUAUUUGUUGCCAUUCAGUGUUUCAAGAUAGCCUUGUGUAUUUGUAUUUGACCGUGGAGAAUUUGAGACCACUAAUAUUUUACGAAAGAUCUAGUUCAAUCAUUUUUUAUCAUUGUUAGGUAGCAGGGACCUUGGCGUUGGGUGGAAUAGGUGUCUAAAUACUGUGCCAUGUUACCAUUCUUUUCAGCUAUGCGAAUGAUUCUCCGGAUAAAUGAGGCUAAAGUCCCAUUGUCCAUUAACUGUGAUACCUAUCUUCCAUUGUAUCGAUAUCUUCGAACGAGCGUUCCUUCAUCCGUCGUGAUGUCGACUUUCUUGAGGUAUCUUGAGUUCUCUAGCCCUGAGCAUCGUGACCGAUGCAAUAUUUAAUUAAUAUACCAUUAUCUUCUUUGAAACGCUCUCACGACACGAAAUUAUCUCCAUGUUAAAUAACGAGGUGUCAGUGUGAAGUUAAGCAAUCUGACUAAGAAUAGCCUUUUAUCUGUUUCAUAGUUUCCACUUGAGUAAUUUGUACUGUUUUUAGUUCAUGGGGCGUCUCUCGAAAGCCCCGUGAUACUUCUUCUAGUAUGGCUAUGGCUAGCAAUAUAUUGCUCAAAUUUUGAGAUAUUGGAGCUUUAUUGCAUUUUUAGUUUCGGAAUAGCUGCUGGUUGUAACCAGUAAUCAAUUGUACGAAAUUCAAUUUCAUUGAAAGCUCUGGGAGUUUUUUUUUUUGGUUAAGCGACGAAAAUCACCUUACGUCACCAGGGAUCAUUCCUUAUGCAACGAUUGCUUUAUAGAACAGACACAAGCAGGUUUUUUUGAUUGAUUAUCCAUUUCUUUGUAAUAGGCUAAUAGCUGACACUGGGGUUUAGUUGAGCGUUCACUUCUACCACGUACAAACUUAGUGCAUGUUAGUGAUGGUAUUGUGUAAGUUGCAUCGGUUAAUUUCAUCACCUCUCUUAAGAAGUUGAUUUCUGAAAAUCAAUUAUAAUAAAAGUGUAGGAUCUUUUUCCAGUUACUUUCUACGUUUUUGUGACAUGAGCUCACUAAAUGAGACCAUGCUUGGGGAUUAAUGUUGGCAUGUUUCGAAAUUGUUUAUGGUUGAUGUGUGUGUAGGUUUAAUAUACUACUAAAGCCUUUUUGAGUUGGCCUCAUUUGUUUUCAGUAUCAAAUAACUAAUGAAUGAAUGGCUUUUGCAGAACUCGUUGCCGUCGCAAGUAAGGCAGGAGUUUGAAUGCAGAGCUCCAUUUCUCUACCGUCCAUCAGCUGCACCACCACAACGCCUGUUUGACGUGCAUGCACAAGGUGACCACACUGACCCUCCCUCCUUCUGUCCCUCCAACCAUUGGUCAUCACUUGGUUUCAUUUAUAUUAUUAUCAUUAUUGAUUGAUAUCUCAAUUACUGACGAGUUACAUUCGAACUAUUGACCACUAUUCUGUCGCUCUUUCUUGUGAAGUUCUUUGCGUAUUUACGGAUGAUGUGCGUUGAUAUCAGGGUUGCAUCAAUGCUGAUUUAUGUUAGAUAAUUUACGUGAUAUGCUUGAAAGUAGGUAGCGAAACUUCGAUAAGAUUUACAUUAAGCAUAACUUUAAUGUAACUUUGUAUCAUAGCUCGUUAAUUUCUCCCUCUCUGGACCCUGUUCGCGUUUUAAGCAUCACAGCGCGGCCUUUCGUUUAGUGCCAGAUACUGCUAAAUAACGCGUGAUUUUGAGGUAUGUUGAUGUCACUUCAUUCCGACGCUUCGUGCGCAUGUCUUCAUGUCGGUCUUCAGCUUUUGAGGUGUGUUGAAAUGACAUUAAUUUCCCGUGCGUAGAUAUCAUUUGCCCAUUUCUCGUUCGGUUUGAUAAUAAAACAAACAUAAACUUCAACGACGUAAAGGAAAUGCAAUAUUUCCGAAGUUAAAUAGCAGUUGGCAUUUAAUUUAAAUCGGGAUAUGAAUGAUUUUUGUAACGAAAAAUUAGAUUAAGUUCCAUGUUUUGCAUUAUUCUGCACCGUCCUUGUAACUGCCACUGCGAACGGCAAGGUGAGACGAUGUUAGUUGUCUAAUGUUGUACAAUAAAAUUUAUAAAACGAC